CUAACCUGCCCGAUAGUCAGUCGCAGCAUGCAGCCAGCUCUUCACCACAAUACAGUCUGGACCUGGCACAAGAUCUCUCCAGCCUUUUCCCACAAUCCAGUCAAAUAUUUAGUCGGGGAGUGACAGGAGCCACCCCUCCAAUGAGCAAUUUGACCUUUGUGACAUCAGCCCCUGUCACAUCUGCAGCCACUGGUAACAUCACAGAAGCAGCUUCAAGUAGAAAUGUUGGUGCUGCAGAAGUGUCAUCCACCAGUUCUGAAGUCCAUCCGCCGCAUGGAGUUCCAAGUACAGAUCCUGAACUGCCGGAGGGAGUCGACCCAUCAUUCCUAGCAGCUCUGCCAGAACAUAUCAGACAGGAGGUGAUAUCUGAGCAGCUUCGUCUGCAGCGUAUACGCCGGCGAGCCCAGGAGCAGGCACAACAGAAUGCCUCAGCUAGUGAAGCUGGAGUAGAGGGAACCCGCACUAUGGAGGUCAACCCUGAGUUCCUGGCUGCACUGCCACCUGCUAUCCAAGAAGAGGUCCUGGCACAGCAGAGAGCUGAACAAGCUAGGAUGGCAGCUCAGCAGCAAAGUGUAGCUAAUCCAGACAUGCCGGUGGACCCAGCCACAUUCUUCUCCACUCUGUCCACCUCUUUGAGGCAGCAGGUACUCUCUGACAUGGAUGAUAGCAUGUUAGCUGUUCUGCCUCCAGAACUGGCAGCAGAAGCUCAAGAACUGAGGAGAGACAUGGAGGAGAGGCACCGGCGAUUGCUGCAGGAACGAUUGUUUGCUCAGGCUGGUGCUGCUUCAAUAUCAGCCAUCCUGAGACAUUCAGGUCUUGCUGGUCGACUCGGCACAAGAUAUGCUAUCCGUGCUACCCAAAGGCAGCACAGUCAGUGGUCAUUUGGUAGCAACCGCCUGAACCCAGGACCAUCAGGGGCCACCAAUCCUACAAAGGUCAAAGGCAGGUUCAUGCUGGACCCUGAAGCUUUAACUUGUUUGUUGGUGCUCCUGUUUAUAGACGAACCCAAGCUCAACACCACUCGGCUGCAUCGUGUGUUGCGCAACCUUUGUUACCAUGGUCCCACACGUACUUGGCUGAUCAGAGCCUUGUUGUCCAUUGUCCAGAGGGCUGGCGACAGCAACAUAACCAGCACUAUAGUCACUAACUUGUGUAUGGAAGGUGUCAGCAGUCUCAACCAAAAGGAUAAAGGCAAGGGGAAGAAAUCAGCCGUCUCCGCUGCUUCAGGUCCUGCCUCAUCAGCAAUGUCUUAUUCUUCUUCAGCAACCUCGUUUGAUACUCCAUUAUCUAUGCACUCAGACUCCAGCCUAGCCACGGCCCCUUCCAUGCCUCAGUCAUCUCAUGAAUUGCAGGGUGUUGGUGCUGGAGCAGCCAUCCACGGUGGUGCUAGUGGCUACUGGUUGUCUAUUAGUUUGGAAGCAGCACUUGGAUGCAGGGCUAACGUCUUCCAAAUCCAUCGGACUUCUGGUAAAAAAGUGAGUAGUUCUUCAGCUGCCUCAGUCAGUGUCCACCCUCAGGCUGCACCUCUGGUAUGUCGGCAUGCUCUAGACACUCUAAUAUCCCUGGCUAAAGUUUUCCCGACAUACUUCCUCCCAGCAGGAAAAGUGAAAGAACUGAACAAGUCUGAUAGUGGUCACAAGGAGGAAGACAUUUCAGAGGUGACCAGGAAGGCCACAGUCGGAGGGUCUGCAGUGACCACUGUGCACACGUCCGUCUUGCAGACUAGUCCUAAGUCACUUCGUGCCACAGAGGGAGCUCUCAAUUGGGCAAACUCCACACGUCAUGAAACCAAACCAGAGAACGACUUUUGGAAUAUCUUGGUCAGAUUAGACAGCACUUCUGGAAAAAGUAAAGGCAAAGGUGUGCAGCGUAACCAUAGCAUCUCAGCCUCAGAGCUGGAGACGCUGGCCACUGACUAUGCCAGUAGUCCCCUUGGGCAGCUGAUGUCCAUGCUCAACCACCCAGUAGUCAGGAGGAGUCAGCUGUUGACUGACCGCUUGCUGCGUUUGCUGGGCUUGGUCUCAGUCAGCUUGCCUGACAGCAGCAGGCCAUCAUCCACAUCUACAGCCACCACUACCACCACAUCCACAGCUAGAACAGUGACAGCCACCACAACAGCACCAACAACAGCUUUGACUGUUGUGACUGCAACUACUGCUUCAACAUCAGUAACACCAUCAGCAGCAGCAGCAGCUACUUCAGCUGCACCUCCACAGACUCACAGUCAAGAGGAUGAGCCAGAUACACAGGACAUCAAGAAGGAACCUGUGGCUGACACUGAGUCUGACGAGGAUGAGGUUCCAGUCCUGUAUGAUCAGCUCAAACUGGCUGUCGAGGUGUUGACAUCCAAAUCUUGCUCAGAGGAGGGCCUAGAAGACGCCACAAACCUGCUGCUACAACUGUCCUGGGCUAAUGCAGCCACCCGUGCUGCUGUCUUGGAAUUGCUUCUGUCUGGGGCUCGGCAGUUGGGCAUGACAGUGUGUGGUCAUAUCACAAGCCUGUUGGAGCAACUAAGGGAGCUGAAUGCACGGCUUGGUGUUGAGCAGAUGGACGAGGAGAAUGUUUCAGACACUGGUAGUGUAGCCUCAGCAUCUGGUGCCUCAGGAGCACAAGCUGCCAAAGGCGUACUUCAAGACAGGUUUGCCAGUGGAGCCAGUAUUGUGGUGUCAGCACCAACAAAGCUGAAGACUGGCAGAGAGCUGCAGCUACCUUCUAUGUCCCAGCUGACCAGCAAGACAUCAGGGCAGCAUUUCUUCUUGAGGAUACUCAAAGUCAUUAUUCAGCUGAGGGAUGCUGCCAGAAAUGCUAGCUCCAGCAGUAAAAAGCCAACAGGAAGAGGUCGUUCAGGCAUAGAACAAAUUCAUGCAAUUCUAAAUUCAGUUGUCAGUGAUGAUGAAUUCAUGAAUCUGUUUGGAGACAAUCAAAUAUUGCAAGAGACUCCAGCUGGGUAUACAGCAAACCCCGCCUUAACAGCACGCACUGCCUCCUCCACCCCAAGCAACAUGUCAUCUGGGCAAGACACAGCCGCCAGUAGUCAGUCUCUGUCCAGCUUCCACACCACCCAGUCUCAGACACAAGAGGAGAACGCCAGUGGCUCAGAGGUCCACAUGGAAGUGGAUGCACACUCUAGUCCUGCAGCCGCUGCAGCAGAGAAAAGUGAGGACAAAGCAUCUGGUGCCUCUUCCUCUCUAGCCCGAGCUGCUGGCUUGCCAACUCUGCCUCGCCUGAGUGAGCAGCUUGGACUCUAUGAGCUGUGGGUUGCACUUGGUGAUUGCCUGGCAGAGCUGGCACGAACCCCGGACCAUCAUGCUGUGCUGAUUCUGCAACCUGCCGUGGAAGCUUUCUUUAUUGUACAUGCAGGAGAGAAAGGUAGCAAGCCCAGUGAGCAGCCAGUCUCCCGACGUGAGGACCAGCUGGCACAUCUCAACAUGGAAAUGGCUCCACCCAGUCCAUCUCCUGGACCUUCAUCAGCUGACGGACCCCCAGCACUGAUGACAAAUGAGGCUUCGGCUAUUGUCAUGUCAUCAAUCACACAUUUACCUCCAGACACUCAGAAGUUUCUCAAGUUUGCAGAAACACAUCGCACUGUCCUCAACCAAAUUUUGAGACAGUCCACACUUCCUCUCGCUGAGGGACCAUUUUCCGUUCUGGUGGAUUAUACAAGGAUUUUGGACUUUGAUGUCAAACGGCGCUACUUUCGCCAGGAGUUGGAGCGCAUGAAUGAGGGCACUCGCCGUGAAGAUUUACCGGUGCAUGUGCGCAGGUCCAAUGUCUUCGAGGAUUCUUUCCGUGAGCUCUUUAGACGAACUCCAGAGGAGUGGAAGCAAAGAUUCUACAUUGUCUUUGAAGGUGAAGAAGGUCAGGAUGCGGGUGGCCUGCUCAGGGAAUGGUAUAUCAUCAUCUCCCAUGAAAUCUUUAACCAGAACUAUGCCCUGUUCCUGACUUCACCUGGGGACCGUGUCACUUACUCCAUCAACCCCUCCUCCCAUUGCAACAGCAACCACCUAAGCUACUUCAAGUUUGUGGGACGCAUCAUUGCCAAGGCAGUCUAUGACAACAAGCUGCUGGACUGUUACUUCACACGCUCCUUCUACAAGCACAUGUUGGGCCAGCCCGUCAAGUACACAGACAUGGAGAGUGAGGACUAUGCUUUCUAUCAAGGCCUUGUCUUUCUGCUAGAGAACAAUGUUUCAGAUCUGGGGUAUGAUCUCUACUUCAGCACUGAGAUCCAAGAGUUUGGUGUCACUGAAACCAGAGAACUAGUUCCAUGUGGUGCUAAUGUCUUGGUGACAGAUGACAACAAGCGAGAAUAUGUCAAACUAGUGUGUCAGAUGAAAAUGAGGGGUGCCAUACGUCAGCAACUAAAUGCCUUCCUGGAAGGUUUCUAUGACAUCAUUCCAAAGAAGCUGGUGUCCAUUUUCACAGAACAGGAGUUGGAACUUCUGAUAUCAGGCCUGCCCACUAUUGACAUUGAUGAUCUGAAAGCCAACACUGAGUACCACAAGUACCAGGCCACUAGCCUGCAGAUUCAGUGGUUCUGGCGAGCCCUGCGCUCCUUUGAUCAAGCUGAAAGAGCCAACUUCCUGCAGUUUGUCACAGGCACAUCCAAGGUACCGCUGGGUGGAUUUGCUAACCUGGAGGGAAUGAAUGGAACUCAGAAGUUCCAGAUUCAUAGAGAUGACCGCUCAACUGACCGCCUGCCAUCAGCUCACACUUGCUUCAAUCAGUUGGACCUGCCUGCCUAUGAGACCUUUGAUAAACUGAGGAAGAUGUUAUUACUGGCUGUCAGUGAAUGCUCUGAGGGUUUUGGAUUAGCUUAA